AUGGCGUUUGCAUAUGAUGCCAUUAACAAUGGCGUCUCUGUGGUUACAGCAAUCAUUGGUAUGCUCGACCUCGACGCUUUUGGUCGCCAUGAUAUAACAUUCUGUGGAAACUGGAUCCAGGCUCUCUUUCUCUGCCUCAUCUGUGGACUUGGCUCGAAGAAGAACAGUUCUCAAGCCGAAACAGAUGGAAUGGUGGCCUCUUUUAUCCUCUACGCCGCCGCCCUCCACGCAAUCUUGGGACCCGCCGCGUAUAUCACCACUGUGGAGACUGGAACGGCUGCGCUUCGUGACAAGACCAUGGCUUUUGCGACCACUAUGAAUGUGGUUGUCGGAUUUGUCGUCAUGUUUAGGACUCCUUACUCGCUUUCUCAACCAUAUGCCAAUCUCGGACCAAAGAUUGGUUACAUUUGGGGAGUAUUCGCUGCACUGGGACCCGUCUGGGUCUGGUUUUGCAUGCCAGAGUUGAAGGGCCGAAAUCUUGAAGAGAUUGACCAAUUUUUCGAUUCUGGAGUUCCUGCACGGGAAUUCCCAUCGUUUCAAACAGCGGGAAAGUCACAUGAACAGGCAUUUCUUGAAUGUGGCUAUGCAAAAGCCGGCGAAGCUGCCAUAGAACAUGUGGAUGAGAUUGAGUGCAGUGGACCAAACAGGUCAGCCUGUUCACAGUGGUUGCGAUGGACCCUGAGACGAUGA